AUGGUGACAUGACAUCUUCUCACCAAAUUGAAGAAACUCGCAACUAACUCAGCAGUGAGUGUUUGGCAGCCAUGUCCGUUGAGCUCAAACUCGCUCGUUCUAAUCAUGUCUAUUGCCCUUCGGAAGCUGUGGAAGGCAAAAUCAUUGUCAAAACACAGUCUUCAAUAUCUCACUAUGGAAUUCGCCUUAAUGUUAAAGGAUCCGUCAACUUGCAGGUUCGUGGAGGAUCAGCUGGGGUGGUUGAAUCAUUAUAUGGUGUUAUUAGGCCAAUCCCAAUUUUGAAUAGGACCGUUGAGGUUAAAUCUUCUGGAAAGAUUGGUUCGGGAACAUCAGAGAUACCAUUUUCAUUGAAUCUUAGACAGCGGGAUGGCAAUUCAGAAAGAUUUUAUGAGACUUUUCAUGGGGCAAAUAUUAGUAUCCAGUAUUUGGUGUUUGUAGAUAUAUCUCGUGGAUACUUGCAUAAAUCAUUAUCAGCGACAAUGGAGUUCAUUGUUGAAAGUGAUAAAGCUGAUCUUCUACAAAGACCAAUUCCUCCAGAGAUGGUCAUCUUUUACAUCACUCAAGACACUCAAAGGCAUCCUCUACUUCCUGAAUUAAAAUCUGGUGGAUUUCGGGUGACAGGAAAAGUCUGUACCCAAUGUUCUCUUUCUUGUCCCAUUAACGGCGAGCUAACUGUAGAAGCAUCUGCAGUUCCAAUUCAGUCAAUUGACCUUCAGUUGUUCCGUGUUGAGUCCAUUCUUCUUGGGGAGAGAAUUGUGACUGAAACCUCUUUGAUUCAAACAACCCAGAUAGCAGAUGGAGAUGUGUGCCGUAAUUUGACUCUGCCAAUUUAUGUAAUGCUACCACGUCUUUUGACUUGUCCAACAACCUUGGCUGGUCCCUUCUCAAUUGAGUUCAAAGUUGCCAUUGUUAUAAGCUUUCAGUCAGAGCUAUCAAAAUUGCAUAAAAAGUCUGACCCCAAAACACCAAGACUCUGGUUGGCAAUGGAAACAUUACCUCUUGAGUUGGUUCGGACAAAGUAAGAUGACUGUAUGGUUUCUCACAAUACAACUUUGCUUGAAUAUGUGGAUAAAUAUGGCUUUACUCAUGCAACAUUUGAGAGAGGGCUGAGUAAUUGGGUAUUUGGCUUUUC